AUGGCGGAGAGUGGCCAUAGCCGCAUCCCUUACUCUCUACACCCUGUCCCUGAAGCCGAAGAAGCUCAUCUUCUCGACUCACACAGGGCCCAUGACAACAGGUCCCCACCUUCUGGAGGCUUGCUUUCAUCCUCCGUCUUCCGGCGUGAUGGCUAUCAGCCAAUGCCAUCCGGUACUAUCGACCUUUCAUCUUUCAACGGUGUUACUCAAAACCAGCACAUUCCUCAAUCCGAAACGUCCGGCACUCAUGAAAGCGGUCCCUUAGGUAUUUCAGUAAGGGGCAUCAUGGACCGUAUGUCCUUUUCACGCGUCCCUGUUGGUUCUAAAAGCAGCUCGCCCCCCAUGCAACAGUCUAACUCUGGAGGUAUGGGCUCAUUGGAGUCUGGUACAAUUUGGGCCCCCAGAGCAGAGCCGGAACAAGCCAAACUCUCUCCAAACCCAGAUCAACGGCUCAUCUCGCCACUACAAUCGCCUCUGCCAUCUCCAAACGCAGUCAAAACAAACACAUCGAGACACGAAGCAUCUAUGCCUUGGGACGACCCACCGAGGGAUGCUGGUCUUUGGCGUCCGUCGAAUACUCGGGAUGAAGGUGGCAUUGGACAGGCGACCCCGAGUAAGGAGAAUGGCCGACAAAAUGCGAGAUCUCUCGGCUCAGAUGGGCGCGAUAGUGCUCCGACUCGCGGUCACCACGACGCAGAAGAUCGUGAUCCGCCUGAUGAUGACGACACAUUUUACCAAAGAUACAGUCAAGUGCCGCACGACUGUGAUUCUCGAAACGAUGUUCACAAGACAAGAGCUAACUGGCUCUCCAUUUCGCUUAUUGCGCUAUCCAUCUACUCUACUGGCCUGAGCUGUCUUUGGUUUGUCGUCGCUGUAGUUCAACCACGUUGGGGGCCGACCAUCUCAUCAAGUGGCGGUAUCGCUCCUUCAACAGCUACCAUGGUGUGCGCCAUGUUUGCGAAAACCAUUGAAAUUUCCUUCGUGACCGUAUUCGUUGCCUUUAUCGGUCAGGUCUUGACACGUCGUUCGUUUGUCAAAAAGUCGAAAGGCAUGACGCUGGCUGAAAUGACUAUGAGAAAUUGGGUUAUUCAACCUGGAUUUAUGCUGACUCACUGGGAGACACUGCCGUACGCAGCAGUGACAUUCCUCGGGGCAGUCUCACUCAUUGCGAGUGUUGCCUCCACAUUCUACACCACUGCAUCUGACGUCAUGGUCUCUCCCAAACUGAAAUACGGCGGCUGGGAGAAUAAGGAGUUGAGAGGCUAUGUCCUUUCUUCCUAUGCCAACACUUUUGCUACACAAGAUAGCUGUGCCACGCCUCUGCGAAAAGAGGACCCUGACGGGCCGGUCUUUGCUGCCAGCUCUUGUUUGGAUAUUCAGUAUGCUGGACAAUCUUAUCGUAACCUGGUGUCCUUUUUGACUGCCUGGGACGAGAUCAAACACAAUGGCACAGGUGUAUCCCUGGACAUGUCUCACCGGCCGGUGGGAACAACUCUGUUAUAUGACAACACGACAUUGACCUCAAGCUGGAUCCAAAAGGACCACAGCAACGUAACCAGGCAGUUCGAGGAACGGGGCAGAGUCAUUCAUAAUGUCACACUUGCUAUGCCACACCCUGGUGUGUAUGACGCAGCAACCCAUCCGGUAAACAAGAUUCUCCAGCCAAAUGACUUGUCUGGUGUCGGAGAGUAUGCGAUUAAAGCGAGCGUCGUUUCCCCUGUCAUCAAUGUCAUGUGUGUCAAUAUGAAUGAAGACGAACUGGCUCCACUGGUGUACACCAAGUGGGAGAAUAGCAGAACAGAGCCAACUGGGGUAGGGAACCAAACGAUAGGAUGGGUAGGAUGGGAGGGAGAAGUUCCCCAGCCCACGGAGAAUGAGUGGCUCAACCGUACAAGUGUGGACGACAUCUUCCGUUGGGGAAAAGAAUAUGGCCGACGCCCUCCCGUUUUCCCACUCGUAGGUACCCCAAGCCAAAUGGUGGUGCGUUUGUUGACACAUCGGACAGUAUCCCUCAAACUUCAACAUGAUCACCAAUGUUUCUGUUUUCCAGGGCGAUGCUAUAUAUCUCAUGGCAAAAUCGGCGUCCAUCACCAACUACACUCUCUGCGAGAUGCGAUCUUGGCUCACGCCUAA